AUGCGCUUUAGAUCUUUGCCACUGUGUCUUGAUGACCGAGUGGUCAGGGUACCGAUGACUACCAUCGCGGUAGCCCACACUGAGGAAAUGGUUUGGAGAACGUCUGGCGCGGAUAGCAGAAGGUGGAGUUUCUCUUGGCCAGCUUGUCCACUCGGGGGCAGUCUGAUUUCCCUUGGACGUGUCCGACCGUAACCCAGUUGAGGUUGCGGCUUUCUUAGCUAAUGCAUAUAGAAAGAAACAGGAUACAGAAAGUAGUAAGACGUUCUCCUUAAAAUGCGUAACACGAAACCCCGAAAUACAGAGGACACAAAAUAGGAAGAAACUGAGUCAGGAAAAACCUGAUUAAACAGGUAAACUAACAGCGUUGAAAUCAUAUUAUGAUCCAGGAAAAGGGUGUUUAUCUUGUUUCAGUAUAGCAUGAACAGUUCCUGAUUGUUGUAACCACAUGACUCAUCUCACAUGAUAUUGUAACAGUUCAGUACUGAAGUGCGAGUCGAGUGCUCAACCAGCAGGCUGGUUGCUUUUCCCACCAAAGUAAAUAGUUAAAAACAGAACUCUUCUCUUCGGCUAUAUUUUGUUGAAUUAAAACUGAUCAUGCAUAAACCUCACAGUUUCACAAUGGGGUCCUUCUGGCAGUUGGCACUGCUGGGCUGUCUGUUAAGAGCUUGUGUAGCAGCUCAUCUGUACAUGGAAGACCUUCAGGAGCAGAAGAAACAGACUGAGCAUAUUGAAGAAGAAAGUCUACCACAAAGUGGUAGUUAUCGAAGUGGAAGUAAUCCAGUCUGGCAGUCCAACAGUUUGACAGAUUCAUUUGCAAAUGCUAAAGAUAUUCAGACUGAAGUCGUUGUGCCCUCCUGGCUAGAGCCAGGCGGAGUUGGACUUCUUUUGGGCCUUGGUAUUGGAAUUGGAAUUGGAAUUGGACUAACUUGCUUGUACUUAAAAAUCAGAAACCAACAACAAGGUAAUCAUGGAAUGAACUAUACCCGUCUCUCAGGAACCAGGGAAAACGUAAGAGAAGGAGAUGGUAAGAAGGAAGGAGCUGGAGAAAGUGCUAAACAGUGGUCAGGAGAAGGAGAAGUAGCUGAUCUCCCUGAUGUACGCUUGUUGGAAGUCUUAAUAAACCUGGAUAUGAACACUAUCAACCCCUACCUGAUAGUGUCAGAAGAUGGCAGAUCAGUGAGGUGGACAGAGCAGCGCCAGAAUCUCAUUGACAUCCCAGAGAAGUUUGAUGAAUACCCCUGUGUGCUGGGCAACAGGUUACCAGCAGAGUUGAGGCGUGGGUGUUACUGGGAGGUGGAGGUUGGAAACAAGAAGUCCUGGGAGCUGGGAGUGGCCCGAGACUCAGUGAGCAGGAAGGGGCAACUGAGUCUGAGCCCUGGAGCUGGGUUUUGGGUCCUGAGUCUUUGGGAUGGGAAGCUGAUGGCCCUGACUGACCCAGAGACCCGACUGGACACAGGUGUUCUCACAAGAGUGGGGAUCUACCUGGACUAUGAGAACAAGAAGGUCCGCUUCUACAAUGUUGAUAAAGAUUCCAACAAAAGUGAGAAAAAACGACUCAUCUACUUUUUUGAUGAGGAAAUCGACAGGACAGUCCGUCCUUUUUUCUCCCCUGGGAACAGCGAUCAGGACCCUCUGAUCAUAUCUCCCAAUGCAAGAAUGCCAUAAUGGGAAUUGAAUUAUCUUCAAUACACUACUGCAAAUUAGUUUUAUGACAAAAUAUACGACUGUAUGGGCGUGAGGCCUGGUGACCAUUUUGGAUUUCUUGGAAUAUCCUUAUUGACCCUUAGUAUAAAAGCAUGAGACACAAAAUUUCAUAUUUAAUGAAGUUGUGUAUGUGAAUAACAAACUCUUUCUAAAAAAAGUAGUUCUGAAAUCAAUUUGUUUGAGACCUUUGAAACUUAUGGUAGAUAUUCCCAAAAUUUAAUUUUAGGAAUGUCAGUUAACCUUAAUUCAUGCUUAACCAGUUACUCAAUUCAUGUUCAAACAUCAAGUGUUUGAAGGGAGUUCAUGUAUAAAAUGGAACUGUGGGGAAUUUCAUUCUUUUUGUGAGCUGUGCUUUUUUAUUUAUUUUUUUUUACCAUAUUUUUUUGGUCCUGACCCUUAA